AAUUAAAAAAGAGGUUUCGAACCGGACUAGUAAAGCUCUUGUGCUCAUAAUGGAAAGUAGUUCCAAAAACCUGCUCUUCUUGUUCCAAUCUAACCGAAAACCGCUGACCCAGGUCUAAGGCAUACCGGUAGAAAUUUGUCUAGGAACAUCGACUUAGCGGGCAAGUCAUCUCAAUCCAGAUCCACCUUGAAUCAAGCUAGAACUAAAGGUAACAAGAAUGAGAGCACUUACAGUGUUUUUGGUUACUGUGCUGGCCGUCACGAUUCAGUUUCUUCCCGGGCUUACUCUACCAUCCAUGGGUCCUUCUAUCCUUUGGUCACCCCACCAAGAUGGGUUUUCAACAAGUCAAACUGUAGAUUACCGAACCCUCAGUCCUAAAGACUUAGUGAAGUCUGUUAUGUCUGAAGGCUGUUGGUCAAAGUUACUGUGCUCGAAUAAGGGUGCUCAGCAACCUCUGGAUAUCGGACUUGUGUUUGUGGGAAAAGAGUUACAAUCCCGUGAUCUUUCUAGACCUGGAAAAGCAGAUUCUUCUCUUAUUAGUUUACUAAAGGCAUCUUUUUUCACCUCCAACUUCUCUGUGGCCUUUCCUUAUAUUGCGAUUUCAGAAGAGGAGGGCCAUUCAGUGGAAAGCUCAUUUGUUUCAGUGUUCAGUGAAACCUGUGGGAAUGAUCUUGAAACCCAUAGACUAGCUUUUUCGGAGUCUUGCUCUGUAGAUGGUGACAGUUUCAAUAAGCUUCCAGACAUAAUCUCAGUUCAGAAGUAUCUGCUUUCAAGAAUGGAGAAGAGAUCCAAAGGGCACACAGAUCUAAUUGUUCUCUGUCACAGUGGUUCCAGUGUCAUGGAAGGAUUGGGGGAAGAAGCUUCUGAGGGUCAAGUUUUAACUCAAUUAAUAAGUUACAUGGAACAAUUGGAUGCAAAAUACAGCGUUCUUUAUGUACCAGAUGUGUUGACCUCAAUUCAAUACCCUUCUGAUAGGGGGCUAGAAAGAUUUCUCGCUGAAGGUAGCUUUGACAGUGGAUCAGGAAAUGUAACUUGUGAUGGAGUAUGCCACAUCAAAGCAACAUUUUUGGAGUCAAUACUUGUGGCGUUUGUCUUGCUUAUAAUAUUGAUUUCUGGUCUUUGCUGCAUGAUGGGUAUUGACACACCAACGAGGUUUGAGACCCCUACAGAUUAAUAAAUGAGUGGCGAAUUUAAAAGCCAAGGUUGCUUUCAACUUCAGACCAGGCAGAAGUCAAUGUAAUGUAUUUUUUACCGUCUUCUUUUUCACGCUAGUAUAUUUGUUUAUUGUUAUUCUUAUUAUUAUUUAUCUAAGGAUGUCUUCAUGUGAGUCGUUGAUCUAUGUCUCAUGUUAUGGAAUGAGGGUACUCUGCAAAAUUUAAGGGAAACAGUGCUCUUUUUGAUGAUGCUGUUUACGAAAAGUAAAAAAAAUAAGGUUGCUUGCACGUAUAUAGAACUUGUCAAGAUUUGGGAGUGUCAACAGUCAUGAAGUAUUCAAAACUUUUCUCGG